AUGAAACUGAUCUUAUCUUCUAGUAUUAUUUCUAGUAAUCAAUCAAAUAAUACCAGUCGAAAAAAUGGAACUGUAAUUAAUUGCAAUUUAUCUUUAAAUGAACAAACACGUAUUCAUACAUGUGAUGAAUUAGCAUCUUUAUUUGAUGUACUCUAUUGUCAAAUUGAACAGCUGAUUUUUAAACAACAACCGCAAGCAAAAUACUAUUUUGAUAAUGAAACCAUUACAAUUAUUCUUUUAAACGAUAAUGACAAUGAACAAAUCAACAUCGACAAUAGUUGUCGUUUAGCAAUAGAAUUAUUUCGUUUUAUUCAACAUGUCAAUCAUGUAACACAAUGGUGUUUGACAUCUACCAUUGGCAUUGAUUAUAAUGAAUUAAAUAUUUUAUCGUCAGAUGUUAUUGAAGGUUUAGCUUAUGAUUAUGCUCAAUGGUUACGUGAAGAAUGUCUUAUUAAUAAUCGUAUACAUGUAUCAUCAAGAAUAUAUAAUUCAUUAAAAGAUAAUAAAUUUUAUGAAUUUCAUUCUUAUACAUGGUUAACAAAUAAAACUUUUACAGAAAAUAGUUUAACAUAUUUUCUAUUCAGUACAAAUAUGUAUGAAUCAAAUAAAAGUCAUUUAACAUCGAUAAGUAACUCUAGUAUGAUUGAUCAAUUAACACGUAUUCAAGCACAAUAUCAUGUCGAAAGACACUUAGGUACAAUAACUUUAACACGCUCAUUACGUAAGAGAAGUUUAAUAGAAUUAACAGCAAAACACAUUCAUUGGUUCAGUUUAAAUUUUAAACAACAAUAUUUAUCGAAUAAUCAAAAUUUUGAUCGAGAUUUUCAAAUGACACACCGUGCAAAUCGUCCACGUUUUUUUAUUUAUGUUUUUAUACUAUUAAUUUUAGCUGGAUCAUUACUUCAAUCACUUGUUGUUGAUCAUUUAACAUUGUAUUAUUUAAUUUCAUUUCCUUCAGUUAUCAUUGGACUUGUUCUAAUAAUUAUUAUUUUUCUUUAUUCAAUCAGUUCGGAUCAAUCACAAUUGCAAUUUAAUAAUAAUAAAAUUAAUGGAAAAUUUUAUGUUUAUUUAAAUGUAUUGAUUGUUUUAACUCUAUCAACAUUAUUUAUUGUUUCUGUACAAUAUAAUUCAGUACAAAAUUAUAAAUAUUUAUUCAGUUUAGAUGAACAAAUGGAUACAACAGUAACAACUUUAACAACAAAUGAAACAUCUAGUCAAAUGAACUCCACUUUGAAUAAUACGAUAAUCAGUGUAUUAUCACCAUUGUUAUCAUCAUUCGACCGUCAAUAUCAUGAUUAUCUGAUUUCAUCUCCGAUCUAUACGCUUUAUUUAUGCUCAAUAUAUCAUCAAUGUUCGUGGAUAAUAAAAGCAUUCUUCAUUGUUAGUUGUUUAAUAGUUCAAUUGUGCUUAUUUGAAUAUAUAUGGUUAUCAACAGACACGUAUUUUCCAUCAAUUCAUCCAUUACAACAUUAUACAGUAUUUACAUUAAUAAUCUUGCACGCUUUAUUAUUAAUCGUAGCGUCAUAUGUUCGUGAGUGGUUAGAAAAAAUUGAUUUUGUCUGGCUUAAACAAAUCGAUAAUGAACGUCUGCUCAUUAUUCGACAACGCGACGAACUUGUUAAGCAAACAUCAAUUUAUUUACCGCUACGUGUUAUUAAUUAUUAUUUACGCAAUGAUUCCGAUAUAGCAUUAGCUCAACAUUAUCAUUUAAAAUAUGAUCGAAUGGCAUUAUUAUUUAUCAAGUUUUCACCAUUAAAUAUUGAACAUGAAUGUUUACUUAUUGAUUAUCUUAAUGAUAUUGAAUAUUUGUUAAGAAAUAAUGAUAAAUAUAACUAUAUAGUUAUGCAUAGAAAAUCAACCGUAAAAGAAAUAAUGUUUUCAAUUGAUGUCGACACAGAUGAUUCAACAAAAAGUCUUCAACAAUUAGUUGAGCUUUUAUUUCAAAUUGAUGAACGUUUAAAACAAAUGUCAUCAUCAACAAUUCAUCUUGCUGCUUGUUUACAUAUUGGUUGUGUUCAUGAAAUAUUAAUUCAUUUUGAAAAAUAUCCUAAAAUUGAUAUAUGGAGUGAACAUAUUACGCUUUUACAAUUACUGAUGAGUAAAACACAGCCGAAUCAUUGUUUAGCAACAUCCACAGUUUAUCAUUUGUUAAAUGAUCUCUAUCUAUUUCGAACAGCUGGUUCAAUUGUUAGUACACAAAUUAAUACGGCGAACAAUUCUAAUAUUUAUUAUCUACUUGGUCGUCUCAUUGGAGAUAAUGUCUUUCAGGGUCGCAAUGCUCUUCCAAUUACAAUUGGCCAUACAAAUGUUGGUACUGUUCAAAAAUCUCCAAGUACAGAUGAUUCUCAUCAUUCCCAAUCGUCUGAACCUCGUUGUAAAUUGAAUAAUCAAAAAGAACAAAAUCACAUUCAAACAUCAACAACAACAACAACAACGACAGCAUCUUCAUCUAUUGUUCUAAAUGAACAACAAACUCUUCUUAAACAAUCAUCAUCGUCGUCAUCAUCGUCUCGAAAACAUGUACGAAUAUCGAAUAAUCUUUCGUCCAUCGAGACUCAAUCAUAUCGUCAAACGCUUUUACAAGCAUUAAAUGCUACGACAAAGACGAAUAAUUCUCAACGUCAAAUCAGUUCAAUGAGAAAAUUAUCUAAUCGUUUAAUACCAAAAAACAAUAUAUCAUCACCAGUAACAAAAGAUUUCUAUGUACCACGUAUGAUACAUUUAAGUGAUAAUAGUUGUUGGUCAUCAAGAGAAGCAAUGGUACAAUCAGAAACAAGUGGUAGUAAAUGCUUAAUUUUAACACAACAAAUGCUUAAUGGGCCAACAGAUGAUAAUAGUCGAUGUAAAUCAACUCCACCACCACCACCAUCAGCUCGAGUCUCAUCAUCAAAUCGACAAUUAUCUGUUGAACGAAAAAGUUUUACAGAAGAAGAUUUUCGUCAAUUACUUCAUGAACAAACAACAAAAGAUGUUAAAAAUCCAUCGAGAAGUUUAUCAACAACUAAUGAAGAAACAACUUCAUCGUUUUCUGGUUGGGAUGAUAUACCAUCAUCACCAUUGCCAAGUACUAAAUCUAAUCAUGCAUACAUUCAACAACAAGAACCUGUGCAACCUACACUACCAGCCCCUCUUCAUGAUUGCUAUUAUCCACGUCGUCCGUGUGAUUUAUCAUUUACAGUUAAUAUGACAACCAAUGACGAUGAUACUAGCAGUCGAACAAAUGGAAAGUCAGCAGGUAUUGCUUCACCGACAUCAACUAUUGUUACAAUAACAUCAAUGCCACCUCAACCGUCAAUGCCAGCACUUAUUCCUACGUCACAAGUAUCUAUUGCUAAGCCAACCGUUGUUUCCUCUCAAUCCCAACAACAAGCUACUAGAUAUCGACCAGCGCCAUUUAAUUUAGCACGUAAACUUAUUGCUGAAACAUCUGAAAGUGCUCUAUCAGAAAUAUCUGUUGAACGUCAGCAUGAACCAUGGACACAAAAUAUUGUUUAUCAGUCGAAAGAUCCUCAACGAACACGUCUUUCAUCAAGUUAUAGUAAUUUACAUGAUUUUAUACAAGCCAAUGAAUCUUCAAAAUAUCGUUCUAAACAAGCUGAAUCUCCAACAGUCAUUCAUAGUGAUUUAUUACAACGUUGGCUUGAAGAUCAACUUAAUCUAUUUCAAUAUCAAGUUAAACAAACUCCGCCACCGCCUCAAACCAAAAGAAUGAGUAGGCUGUCGCAUAAUGCUGUUAUUAAAAAUGAUUCAACUGACGAUGAAUCAGAUACUGUCAGUGAAAAUACAUUUACUGCAUUAACAAAUCAAUCGAAUUCACAAUCGAAAUCUGCACCUUCAAAUAAACGUCCAUAUAAUCAUGUCAGAUAUAAACCACUAAGAAAAAAUUCAACGCAAACAUCAAAUCUUAUUCGACAUGAAUCUCUUAAAUAUCGUAAUAGGCCAUUAUCAUUUGGAAAUAAUCCUCAGUUAAAUAGAACAACUUAUAAUCAUCAAUCAGAUAAUGUUAAAAAACUUCCGAACAGAGCCGAAUCAUCAUCAAUGCCUCGUUCAGAUUUAAGUGAUAUAUGUUCAUCUAGACCAGAUAAUUUAUCUGAAAGUGUCAUGUCAAAUCUUGAAUCUGAAUAUGAUAAUAUUUAUACUCAACCAAUAAAUUCAAAUGGAACAAUACCGAUUAUGAGUAAUUCACAAAUUUUAAGUGGCGAUGAUGAUGAUGAUGAUGAUGAUGAAACUACUCUUGCAACUACAAUAACAGCAAAGAAUCGAUGUUACUUUUAA